AUGUCUUUCUUCAUACAGAGUUGUCUCCCCUUCCGCUUGUUGUCAGGAGGCACCUGUUCAAUGUCAAGGUCACUGAUGCUGUUAAUUGUCAUUCUGUCAAGGUCAACGUCAUUCCUCCCGGACAGAUACGGAAAGCUUAAAGUAAACCUCAAUCCAGCUUUCAUCGGAGAGACGAUGUUGUUUACAUGCGUCAUCACAGACGACAGUUUGCCUGUCAACUCCUCCGCUAUCUGGAUACGACGUCCAAACUCCAACACAUCUCUCGGCAGCGUUGUGAACCAGAAGUUGACGUCGACGACGAUCGAGGUGAAGGUGACGUCUAUCUCUGACGCCGGCGUGUACUACUGUACCCUGACCACCCCGGGGGGAGAUUUUGGCCUGGGUUAUGUGCGGAUCGAUGUGGACUAUCCCCUGGCGGCUGUGACGAGCUUGAACUGCACCACACGGUCCCAACAAGUCCAGUGUUCGUACUCCCUACCCAGGGACUACCGGCACCCAGAACACAUCACUGGUCGGGUGUCCUACAGCAAUACACCAGAAGAGUCUAUUGACACUGGAACCAACAGACGUUUCUCACUGCCGCCAGGAUAUGACCUAUUUUUGCUGUACUAUUUCCAAAUACAGCUCCUGUACAGUGGACGAAAUGUGACCUCGAUGUCUGAAUACUUCCCGGUCAACCCAAUGGAUGUAGUUAUCCCCAAAGCAGUCAAGGAUGUUGUUGUCAAAAAUACGAAGACGCGGUCUCUACAGUUGUCAUGGCAACCUCCCGAUGACGCGGCUACAUACACUUACCGAGUCACGUGGACGGUUGUGGGGGACAAAGAUAAACAGACACACAACAUGGAAACGAAUUUUACCCAGUCGAGCUUGUCGAACCUGAGACCAUCAACCAAUUACACCAUCAACGUUAAGUGUCGAGAACGUCAUCGUCAGGAAGGUUACUGGAGCUAUGGAUACUUCAUAACUGUCAAGACGUUGGAGGCCGUUCCAGGGCGCGCACCACGGGUGUCACCUGCCGUGGCUAGAACUGACGGAGGGAGUGUUGUCGUGUACUGGCAGCCUCUGUCGCCUAAGGAGGAGAAUGGGGAGAUGCAAGGCUACCGCGUGCAGUGUGGAGAUGAGGGGGAGAGACGUGUUGGUCCAGGGGGGUUCUCUGAGACGCUGGACAACCCCACUGAACGGCGUGGACUGUGGUGUGACGUGUACGCGGUCAACAACAUCGGAAUGUCGCCCUCAUCAUCUCUGUAUAUACCAUCACGGAGACAAGUUCCCCGUUGCUCUGACAAGUUCUCUAUUGCUCUCACAAAUACUAUUGUGCAACAACAAAUACUCUAG